GAGGGGACGGCGGUCGCACUCUUGUUUGGGCCUUGCUAGCUAUAGCUACGGAUCAUCGCUAAACGCUUCCCAGUUACUAUACCUCCAAUGUGCUCACAUCCAUUUCUUCGUACCCUUCUCCCUUUCCUCACGAACGACCUCUCGAAACAGCCAUACAAUCCAACGUAGCAGGAGGCCCAAACGCCGUAUCAUGUAUAACAGCCUCCUCGAAACCCGACCCCCCUUAACCCCCUAUUUCCAUGACCAUAUAACCCCAUCAUAUCUCCAGAGUCAUUCCUUUCUCAUUCAAUAUCUCAUCCCGCUUCAUAACGAUGACCCGCGCACCGCUCCUCCUCCUCCUCCUCCACGUCCUCGGCACAAGCCUUCUCAACGGGGAGGUAGUGACGACCGCGGUAUCCACCGUCACAGCCCCCGCCUCCACCUUGACAGUGACGUCCACGCUUGGCGAUAUCGGCGCCGUCUCGACGACUGCAAUUCCGAAAGGGCACUUGCGCGUCGAGGUGGCCUCAUCUGCGGUCUCCGCGCACUCCCCUUCCACCACUACAAUCUCCAGUUCAAUUCCAUCAUCGCUUUCGUCUUCCUCGUCGUCAGCAUCAGCGUCAGAAGAAGAGGCCACGACCUCCAAGAACUCAACCGCAACCGUCUACGUCCCCAAAGAAGCCAUCGCCAUCACUAUCCAAACCGCGAAUGCCGACGUCGGUGCGAACGCGUAUGGAGGAGCGGCCGCUGCGGCUGCUGGUGCGAGGAAGCACAAUGACGAAGGUGCAGGGAAGUUUCUUGUUUUGACAGGGGUUGUGGGGGUCGUUGUUGGGGUUGGGAUGGGGUUUGGGUUUUAG